UCAGUGCCAAUCAUGGGCUUUUGUUGACUAAUCCUCAAGGCCAAGAGCUAUGGAAAUCAGAGUCCAUUGUUGGCGACACUGCCCGUGGUGUCAUGAGUGAUGAAGGCAACUUCAUUAUUGAAGAUAACAACUCAGAGAAGUUAUGGGAAAGCUUUAAGUAUCCAACAGAUACCGUUUUGCCAAGUCAAGUAUUGGACAUUGGACAAGUCCUUUCAUCUCAUCAAUCAGAGACUAACUUUGCAGCCUCAAGGAAGAUAAGAGACCAAAGUGUGAAUGCUUAGAAGGGUACUCUCUAAUCAAUCCUAAUGACAGUUAUGGAAGUUGUAAACCAGAUUUCAUACAAGCCUGCAAAGAAGAUGAGCUAAUUAGUUCUGGGAAAGAUGCUUAUGAUGUUGUGGAGCUCAGGAAUGGUGGUUGGCCUGGAUCAGCUGAUUACAUGAAAAUAUCAUCUUCCACUAGAGAAACCUGCAAAGAUUCUUGCUUGAAUGACUGUUUAUGUGUUGCUGCUGUUCUCAGAGGAGGUACCUGUUCUAAGAAGAGGUUUCCUUUGUCAAAUGGGAGAGUGGAUAAUACUAAUCCAUCUAUUGCUUUCAUCAAAAUUCACAAGGGUAACUCUACUUUUCCUACUUUAUUUGUACCGAAAGUGAUCAAGAAAAACCAGAAUGGUUUGAUCCAUGUUAUACUAGGAAUAUUAAGUGGAUCUGUAUGUGUUAACUUUAUGUUACUUGGUGCAAUUUGUAUGGGGAUUUUACUCGCUCGCAAGAAGAAGAGUGAAAGGUCUCCUUCUCCACAAGAUGAUCCUGCAUCGAAUUUGCGAUGCUAUAGCUACAAAGAACUUGAAGAAGCCACAGAUGAUUUCAAAGAUGAACUGGGACAUGGAUCUUUUGGCAUUGUUUACAAAGGCCACCUCAUACAAACUAAUGCUAGCAUUGCCGUGGCUGUGAAAAAAUUGAGUUCAAUACUAAAAGAUGGUGAAAGAGAAUUCAAGGCUGAAUUGAAAUCCAUUGGCCAGAUACAUCACAAGAAUCUUGUUCGCCUACUAGGAUAUUGUAAUGAUGGACCUAAUCGUUUGUUGGUGUACGAGUACUUGAGCAAUAACACUCUAGCAAGCUUUUUGUUUGGUGGCAUCAUAAGGCCUUGUUGGAACCAAAGAAGUGAACUUGCUUUAGGAAUUGCAAAAGGGCUCUUAUAUUUACACGAGGAGUGCAACACUCAGAUCAUUCACUGUGAUAUAAAGCCUCAAAACAUACUUCUUGAUGAGUACAACAAUGCCAAGAUAUCUGAUUUCGGUUUGGCCAAACUUUUGAUGAUUAAUCAGAGUCAUACACAUACAGCCAUUAGAGGAACAAAAGGGUAUGUUGCACCAGAGUGGUUUAGGAACAUGGCCAUUACUUCUAAAGUGGAUGUGUAUAGCUUUGGUGUGGUGUUGCUUGAGAUCAUUUGUUGUAGAAGAAAUGUACUGGAUAUGGAGACAACUGUGGAUGGGAAAGAGAUAUUGACAGACUGGGCUUAUGAUUGCUUCAGAGAAGGCUCAUUAGAUGUUCUGGUAGAUUAUGAAGUUGAAGCUUUGGAAGAUAAGAAGAAGUUGGAGACAUAUGUGAUGGUGUCUAUGUGGUGUGUUCAAGAAAAUCCAUCUCUUAGACCAAAUAUGAGAAAGGUUGCUCAAAUGCUUGAAGGAGUUGUGGAAGUACAUGUUCCACCAUGCCCAACUCCAUACUCCAUAACCACUUGAAACCCCUUUGUCUUUUUCAAAUCUUUGCUAAAUAAUGUCUACUAAUUGGUAGUUAAUUUGUACUAAAUAAUUGAUCAUGUCUAUGUAUUUUCUUAUUAU